CUUAAGAAUCUAAUUGAUUUUAAAUCCCCGUGUCUAUGUUCAGUGACUUUCUUCACUCAUUUUCGAAGAGAGGUGAAGCUAUAAUUGGAAGCAAAGAAAAGUUGUUUCGCAAGAGAGAAAAAAACUGAAAUGGAUGUAACAAGCUUGUGGUUGAUAAUUAUGAUGUCAUCCCUCGCAUUUACUAAACCUGCCGAAGGUUUACCAAAAGACUGCUCCGAAGUUACCGAAUCCCGAACUGGCUUGUACCGCAUCGACCCCGAUGGGAAAGGCGCGAUCAAGGUGUUUUGCGACAUGAAAACAGAUGGAGGUGGUUGGACAGUUUUCCAGAGAAGGAUCAACAACAAGGAGGACUUCUCUCGGAAUUGGACCGAGUACAGAAACGGUUUUGGUAGGCUGGGAAGGAGGACAAGUUUUUGGCUUGGAAAUGAAAACCUCCAUCGAUUGACAUUCAAUCGUAGGGUUGCUUUACGAGUGGAGCUGGAGGCCUGGGAUCACCCCCACAAAACGUUUACUACCACGUAUCAGAAAUUUAAUGUUGGUGACGAAGCCUCCCUGUACCAAAUAACAUUAAGCAAGGGGAAAGGCUCUGCUGGUGAUGCUCUCCGUCCGCACAGGUCCAUGUACUUCUCCACUAAAGACAAGGACAAUGAUAAGUCUAAGAGCAACUGUGCCGAGCGCUUUAAGGGAGGAUGGUGGUACAAAAGUUGCCUUUACUGCAAUCUGAAUGGGGAGUACAUAAACCGAGAAGAUAGAGCCCCCCAUCACUUUGGUAUCGUUUGGCGGAAGAAGAAGCUGGGGGAAGAAACUUCUCUGAAGUUCAGUGAAAUGAAGUUAAAGCCGCUAAAGUGAGUGGUCUAGGGAGAGAGUUUAAAGUAACUUACAGAGAUUCUUUACCGGAUAAUAAUGAGAAAUAACAGUUUAGUUAUAAUGACUGGUAAAUAUAUAGUCAUGUAACGGCCAAUAUUUACAAGGGUUAUAUAAACACGCUACUGCAUUGAGUGUAAAAUGGCUGCCGGUGAAAUAAAGGUUAUCUAA